AUUCAUGUCCUUCUUUGUCUGAUCGCCUCGGUUUUUCCAUUUACGUUCUCCAGAUUGAACUUGAGCGCUAUAGUUUCUGAGGAAUAAUAUCACCUUGAGAAUCCUGGUCCGACCCGCUUGUUUUCUGGGCAUUUUCAUUGAGAUGGGAAUGCCCAAUAAACAAUGAGCAAAGCAAGGGACGAAGAAGACGAAGAAGAGCGCUUCUACGAGUCUAAUGACCGUCUAGUUUCGUCCUCUUGCUCCUGCUCCACUUCCAACUCCGAUGACGACGACAACUACAAUGGCUCCAGUCCCAACUCUCCCAAUUAUGGUUCGGGCCAACCCUUCCCCGUACCCAAAUUCCCUGAAGCCAUGUGCAAGUACGAUGUUUGGAUCUCCCAACCAUCGUCGGUUUCUGAACGCCGGACCCGUCUUCUUCGCGAGAUGGGUCUCGCCGGCGACCCGUCAUUGUCACGGGGGAAGGCUGCUUCUGCCGAUGAUCUUAGAGAAAUAGCCGAUGGAGAGUUUGGCCGAUCGGCUUUUACCGAUCACUUGAGUCGCCAAAAACAUGGUGAAACUUCUGGUUGCACCGCCGGCAUAUCCCGAUCGAAAUCCGACGGUGGCACGGAUCUCGGUGACUGGCAAGAGUGUACUGGUCAGUCUCGUCGUCGGCAUAAUAAGUCUACUUCUUCUUGUUCUUCAAUUCUUUCUAUUCGCUCGGCCACUUCAGAGAAUGGCUCAUAUGUAAAUUGCCGUAAUCAAAUCGUUAAGUCGAGGUGCGGCAAUGGCAGCGGAUCCCCGAUUGCUAAUGCCGCCUUCCCCAGUAAGCCUCCUUCAGGGAAAAAUUACAGAAGGUUAGGUGAAAUCCGAAGUGGCUACUCGAACUUGAGCGUGGAUUUCGGCCAGUUUUCUGUGGAGCCAGUUUUGGAGAAUGCAGGUCGUGGGGAGGUGGAAGUGGAGGAGGGUGCGAACUGUAAUGGACUUGACAGGGCUGGUGAACAGGUGUGCACCAUAAGAGAUCUCGAUAAUGGGAAAGAAUUUGUAGUCAAUGAGAUUAGGGAAGACGGAACGUUGGACAAAUUAAAGGAAGUGGGAACUGGAAGGCAGUUGACCAUGGAGGAGUUUGAGAUGACAGUGGGACAUUCACCAAUUGUUCUAGAGUUGAUGAGACGACAAAAUUUCGGGGAGGGUAACAAGGACAAUAGGGAUUCAAAUGCAAAUGUUACUGCAAAUGGCGGUAGUGGAGGUGGUACGAAGAUAAAGAAGAAAGGGGGUUGGUUUAAGAGUAUAAAGAGUGUUGCUAGCAGUAUGACGGGUUACAAGGACAGAAGGAGUAGUGAUGAAAGGGAUAACUCGUCAGAAAAGGGUGGGCGGAGGUCAAGUUCUGCUACAGAUGAAAGCCAAGAUGCUUGUUUACAUGGACCUGAAAGAGUACGGGUCAGGCAGUAUGGAAAGUCAUGUAAAGAGGUUACUGCACUCUAUAAAAGCCAGGAGAUACAGGCUCAUAAUGGAUCUAUAUGGAGCAUUAAGUUUAGUUUGGACGGGAAAUAUCUUGCUAGUGCAGGUGAGGAUCGUGUAAUUCAUGUGUGGCAAGUUGUGGAGUCGGAGAAGAAGGCGGAGCUGCUAAUGGAGAAACCUGGCCACGGGAAUAUGAAUACGUUAUUUGUUAUGAAUGCAUGCACUGAACCAACCCUGCUAUCUCCUAGCCAUCCAGAGACAAAGAGAAGGGGGAGGUCAUCCAUCAGCAGAAAAUCAUUGAGCUUGGACCAGUUAGUGGUGCCAGAAACUAUGUUUGGACUAACUGAAAAACCUAUUUGCACAUUCCAAGGUCAUGAUGAUGAUGUACUUGAUCUAUCUUGGUCCAAAUCUCAGCACCUGCUUUCCUCUUCAAUGGAUAAAACUGUGCGGCUGUGGCAUCUAUCUAGCAAGUCUUGUUUGAAAGUCUUUUCACACAGUGACUAUGUAACUUGCAUCCAGUUUAAUCCCGUUGAUGAUAGAUACUUCAUUAGCGGAUCUUUGGAUUCUAAGGUUCGUAUAUGGAGUAUUCCUGAUCGUCAAGUUGUUGAUUGGACUGAUUUGCAUGAGAUGGUCACUGCUGCUUGCUACACACCUGAUGGUCAGGGUGCACUGGUAGGUUCAGACAAGGGCAGCUGCCAUUUGUAUAAUACAUCUGAAAAUAAAUUGCAACAGAAGAGUGAGAUUAUGCUGCAGAACAAAAAAAAGAAGUCAAAUCUCAAGAAAAUUACUGGCUUCCAGUUUGCUCCAGGAAGUUCAUCAGAAUUACUCAUAACAUCUGCUGAUUCCCGAAUUCGAUUGGUUGAUGGUGUUGAUCUGGUUCAUAAGUUCAAAGGGUUUCGUAACACGAAUAGCCAAAUUUUAGCCUCGUUCACAGCCAAUGGAAAAUAUGUAGUCUCAGCAAGCGAGGAUUCCCAUGUGUAUGUGUGGAAAAAUGAAGCUAAUUGCAGGCCCAACAGAACCAAAGGUGUCAACAUCACACAGUCAUAUGAACAUUUUCAUUGUAGAGGUGUGUCAGUGGCUAUUCCUUGGCCUGGCAUGGGUGACGCAUGGGAAAUGCAAGAUACUUUAUCUGGAGAACAAACCGGGACUGAUAGUAUCCCUGACGAGGUCUCAUCCGCGAAUCAUCCCCCAACCCCAGUAGAUGAAUGUUUUGGUAAUGAGGCAUUAGGGGCCAACAAUGGUUCACUUCAGGGAACUAUAGCUAAUGCUUCAAACAGUUAUUUUUUCGACAGAAUUUCCGCAACAUGGCCGGAGGAAAAACUUGUUCUUGCUGCCAGGAGACGAAGCCCUCGAGUUAGUGUGGAUAUCUCAGACGGGGUUAAUCAGAACAUGUCAGCCUGGGGCCUGGUGAUGGUAACUGCUGGCCUUCGAGGGGAAAUCCGAGCUUUUCAGAAUUUUGGAUUGCCACUGCGGAUAUAAGAGGUGACCUGUGACGACAAUAGGGGUGAGUUUGUGAUGUCAGCUCACAAGAACAAUUGUACAGACGGAUCUUGUGGGGGUGGGGGGGAAUUGUAAUAUUGGCAGGGUUCCACUAUUUUUUUCCUUUAGAAUGUUCUUGUGCUUGUUGGAUGAGCUAGGUUGCCAUCUGAUCAGGCGUGGAGUAGAAAAUGGAAAAAUAAAAAAAGAGGUUUACUAAAGAUAAGAAAGAAAAGAAAAAGUUUACGUCAGAAGUUUAGAAUCCAAUGAAUAUAUGUAGUCAGGAAAUGUAGAGGAACAAGCAAGGUAAAAGUUUAUUGAAUUACAGGUGAAGAUUCUUUUACACGCACUUCGAGUCUGGUUAUGAAAUUCAGUUUCUUGUUGAA